ACAUAUCCGAGCGUGGUCACGUGGUGUAGCUCCGGUUUCCUAGAAGCGGCUCUGUAAAAAACCACGUGACGCAGUUCUCCGUGGUGUCAGAGUGGAAAAGAAACAGGUGUUAUUCCUUUGUAAAUACUGUUAUUUGUAUAUACUGUAAAUGAUGACGUCCAUGGGCGGGAACCGAGCCCGGGGCAGCUGGGAGCAGACACAGGGCCAGACACAGAGCCAGACACAGCACAAGCAGAGGCCUCAGGCCACCGCAGAGCAGAUCCGACUCGCGCAGAUGAUUUCGGACAACAAUGACGCAGACUUUGAAGAGAAGGUUAAACAGCUGGUUGACAUCACAGGCAAGGACCAGGACGAGUCCAUGAUCGCGCUGCACGACUGCAACGGGGACGUCAACAGAGCUAUUAACGUGUUGCUGGAGGGCAGCCCAGACACUGACUCCUGGGAAAUGGUGGGCAAGAAGAAAGGGGUGUCAGGGCAGAAGGAAACCAGCCAGGCAGAAACCGGUGAGGACGGAAAAGAGAACAGAGAGAGGGGAGGCGAGAGAGAUGCUGCUCGCCGUCGGGGCGGCGCUCCACGCAGGGGCCGCGGACCAAGCAGAGGACGGGAGUUCCGAGGCCAGGAGAACGGCUUGGAUGGUGGCAAAGCUGGACUGGCUGGAAGAGGAGCAGAGCGAGGCAGGAGGGGCAGAGGCAGAGGAAGGGGUAUUCUGGGCGUAUCUGGACGGAGAGGAGGCAGGUUUUCGGCACAAGGCAUGGGGACUUUCAACCCAGCUGACUAUGCCGAGCCCGCCCAGACAGAGGAAAACUACGGAGGGGGAAGUACCUGGAACAACACGGGAAGCGCGGAGCUGGAGGAGGGAGCAAGGUUGGAAUAUUCUUCAGGUGAAGGAUCAAAUUACCCUCCCAAGUUUGACUCUGCUCCUGGUCCCUGGAGAUCACCCACAGAGGAAUGGGGCACUGAAGACUGGAACGAAGAUCUAUCAGAGACCAAGAUUUUUACGGCUUCUAGUGUGGCAUCGGUCCCUGCGCCUCAAGAGAAUGUUACAAUCACCAAAGGACAAAGGAUUGACCUCGCAGUGUUGCUGGGGAAGACUCCUCCAUCCUCAUCCUCAGAGACGGAAAACACCCCCAUGGAGGCCACCCAGCCCGCCUCUCUGUCCCAGUCUCUGGUUUUUAGCAACUCAAAGCAAGGAGGACCGCUUUCCCAAACAUCCUCUACCACCCCGUACCCCCAGCACAGCAUGGUCAGCAUGCUGAGUAAGGGAUUUGGGGAAGUGGGAGACCCUAAAGGAGGUAGCACAGGGACGACCGGGGCCCAGUUCCUGGAGCAGUAUAAAACAGCCCAGGCGCUGGCCCAGCUGGCAGCACAGCACUCCCAGACUGGACCUCCCAGCACCGCAGCUUCAUCCUGGGACAACAACACCUCCACACUGGGACAAUAUGAAAUGAAGACUCAGUCAGAAUCUGGGAUCCACACACCCUUUACAAAGAGGCAGCCCUACCAAACUGCCACCUCAAGCUCGUCCAUGUUGGAUGUUUUCCUGCAGGACAAAGGGCUGCCUCCUUCCUCCUCCUCUUCUUCCUCCUUACCGCAACAAACGACAUCCUCACCACACGCGCCUGCCUCCUCUAUUCCCAAAAUGGCAGCCGUCCCCUCUCUGGGUCAGCAGGUCUCCCCGAGUUCCUCGGAUGCUCAGGGUUCAAGUCCACUGCCUUUACAGCAACACAAACUCAAACAGCAGAAGAAGAGGACUUCUAUUUCAACAAAGAUUCCAGCGAUGGCGGUCGAGAUGCCUGGCUCAACAGACAUUUCGGGGCUCAAUCUUCAGUUUGGAGCGCUGCAGUUCGGGUCAGAACCAGUACUACAAGAGUACGAUUCCACGCCUGCCACCACAACACCGGGCAACCAAGUUCAGAACAGCCUCUACACAAGUCCCAGCAGCGAGUCAGCUCCAGCGCUGUCGAACUCCAGCCAAAUGGAAAUGUACGAUCAAAGAGCAUCUCAAACACGGCGUUACCCUCCCUCCGUCUCAUCCUCCCCUCAGAAGGACAUGCAGCCCAAGAAUGGCUUCAGUUCAAUACAAACUGCCCAGUGUGUUGAAGGCUCUGCAGUAUCAGUGAAGCCGGCUUCUGAUUCAGUCACGCCUUCAUCCGUCUCCAGCAUGGGCGCUCUGGCAGACGGCGGCUCAGGCCCCGCCUCCCUGCUGACCACAGCCAAUCAGACAAACCUUAGUGCUCUUGGGCACAACGAAGACCUCCCACCCAGCUCAAUCCCCCCUCCUCAGCACAACAGCUCUCAUCCAUCACAACAGAACAGUCUCGCUCCAUCUUCGGUCCGAACGUCGAACUCAAGCUUACUGCAGCAUCCCAACGUAGACGGCGACUUGAGCCUGCACUCGUCCUUCUCUUCCACCGUCUCGGCCGUGCCGUCUUCAUCGGUCCCCCCCUCAUCUUCCUCUGUGGCUGCUGCACAGGUGUCGCUGGGAGCUCCUCAGGCCUCCUCGGUGGGCCCCGCUACGGUCUCGACUCCCUCGGGCCAAGGUCCCGUCAGCAGCCUGGCCAUGGGCCUCAACGCAGCCUCCAUGGGGGCACCGGCGGCGGCCCCCGCCUCAAUUUCAGUCUCUACCAUCUCCUCCACCGUUCCCUCCUCAGCAACUUCUUCCGCACGCAGCUCUGCAGCUUCCUCAGGGAAAGCACCUCCAAACCUGCCACCUGGUGUGCCCCCUCUACUGCCCAACCCCUACAUAAUGGCUCCAGGACUACUGCACGCCUACCCUCCUCAGGUGUAUGGCUACGAUGACCUACAAAUGCUGCAAACAAGAAUACCAUUGGAUUAUUACAGCAUUCCAUUUGCGACACCGACAACAGCACUGACAGGCAGAGAGGGCAGUCUGACGAGCAACCCGUACUCUGGCGACUUAUCAAAGUUCGGUCGAGGCGAUGCGUCAUCCCCGGCUCCGGCCACCACAUUAGCUCAGACACAACAGAAUCAGACCCAGACGCACCACACCACACAGCAGCCCUUCCUCAACCCGGCACUGCCGCCCGGCUACAGCUACACAAGCCUCCCAUAUUACACCGGCAUGCCGGGCCUGCCCAACACCUUCCAGUACGGACCUGCUAUGUUCCCGGUGGCUCCUACCUCUUCGAAACAACACGGCGUGAAUGUCGGCGUGAACGCCUCCGCCACGCCCUUCCAGCAAGCUAGUGGCUACGGUUCCCAUGGAUACAGCACUGGCUAUGAGGAUGUGGGCCAGGCUUCAGGGAGUGGGGAUUUCUGUAAGGGCGGAUACGGCACUGCCGUGGCCGCCGCCGCUGCUUCUGCACAAAACAAGCCAGCCAGCUCUGUCACCGGGCCUGGAGUCGGAGUUUCGGUGACGUCAAGCAACACAGGAGUGCCGGAUAUUUCAGGAUCUGUUUACACAAAGACGCAGUCGUUUGAAAAGCAGGGUUUCCAUGCUGGGACGCCAGCGGCUUCUUUUAGCCUCCCCUCGGCGCUGGGGACCGGUGGGCCCAUCAACCCGCCGGCUGCCGCUGGCUACGCUCCAGCCCCCUUCAUGCACAUCCUGACCCCGCACCAACAGCCCCACUCCCAGAUUCUGCACCACCACCUGCAGCAGGAUGGCCAGAGUGGCACCGGACAGCGUAGCCAGAACGCCUCCAUUCAGCAGAAGUCUCAGAUUAACAAGUCGGCGUACAACAGCUACAACUGGGGGGGGAACUAACACCCACUGACCGGACCUCCUCCCGCUGAGGGGAGGGGUUUAGGGCUCAUCACUCCUUCUGCGAAACAGUGUCCACAUGUGAAGCUCCCUCUUCCUCCUGCAGAGAUCUCCCUCUCCCAAUCUCUUGGCCCAGCUACUCCCUGCAGUUCCGACUGCAGCCAGAGGAGGCGCUGUGCCAAAGAGAAUGAGCCACUGUUUAAGAAGCAAGGAGGGGGUCAGAGCGUUGGAGCUGAAAAAUGGUUAAAAAAAAAAAAGAAUUAGGAGGUGAAAUGUUGAGUGUUGGGAUUUUGUAUCGUGAUUAACCCCCCACCCACCUACCCACCCACCCAAAUUCUGCGCACCCCCCCCCCCUUUUUUUUGUUUCUUUAACUGUAAUGUAACAUAGAACUGUUUUCUAAAGAAUGAACAUUUCCUGUAUUUUUUUUUUCUUUUAUUUCACACUUGUUUUCUUAGCUGAAGGGAAGGAAUGAAGUAAUGUCUGAAGGUGGUUGGGAGGGGGAGGCAGACUGGUUUUCUAUUUCUCACCCUCAACUCACCUCCUCUUUAAUCUUCCAACACAAAAUAUCCAAAAAAUAAUAAUUGCUGUUGAAUGUUUUUUUUUUUUUUUUUUUUUUUUUUUUUUUUUUUUUUUUUUUUUUUCCUUCUGCUUCCUUAUUUUAUUAUUAUUUUUGGGUAAUUUUAAGUUUGAAGAAACAAUUCUCUUAAUUGGUAGAGUUGUGAAGUUUAUUUUUUACCAAAUAUAGAUAUAUUAUUAUAUAUAAAGACAUAUAAGUGAGCUCACUGGCUUGGACUGUGAGGAAGGUGUGUUUGUCAUGUGACUGCGUGCAUGUUGUAGACAUGGGAGGGGGGGUGGGGGGGGGGCGUGUUUGUGUACUGUGCUUCGUUUUCUGCCUAGCACAGGAGUUUUUCAUUAGCCAACGCUUGUACAGUUAUCGUUCCCCAUGAGCCUAAAAAGACGCUGCGUUGAGGUCCCACUUCUGUUGAAAAAUGUUGGAUAAUUUUUUUUCCAAGACUCUGACCCGAUCCCCGUUUUUUUUAUUGUUUUAUUUAGUUUCUGAGCCCCCACCCACCCCCCUCCCUCCACAGCCUUCUCUCCGCUUCACCCCCCGGCGUAAGGAAACCUGCAGCAGUGAAUACUGAUGGACAGAGUUGUGCUAUGGUUUUUCUUUUCGUCAGUGUUUUUUUUUUUUCUUCUUUUUGUACUGUGCGUUUUAAAACAAAAGAUUUAAAUGGUUGAAAUUGUCUUGUACAUAUAUAAAGAAAAACACAAGUACUGUAGUCUUUGUUUGUCAAUGGCUUUCUCUUUUUUUUUCAAAUCCUUGCAGACUUGUUAGCUUUUUGUUCCAUUUUUUUUAUUUUGUAAAAAUAUAUAAAUAUUAAGUAAAUAAACAAAGACAUUUUCAUCAUUUUUGGAUGUUAAUGUCUUUUAAUAAACAG